AAAGUGGUAGUAAAUGAGCGGUGUCUGCCUGGCAGACUGAACUCAGGGAAUCCAGAACCGUUAUUUCCUGGGCUAACAACAGCCGCCUCGGCUCUGACACUCAAGCUUAUCCUUCUCUAAGUCGCUCGCUGUUGGGACUAACAUCUCGAAAAGGGGCAGCAUGUCUUUCCGAAGAGGCUGCGCUUCGUCCGUGUAGAGGACUGUCCAUGUCAAGCAGCGAGUGGCGGGUGGUUUCUCUGAGUCAGCCUCACGGUAGCUCGUUAGCACGCCGCUAGCAGUUAGCAUUAGCCUCCUGUGAGGCUGGAUAAACACGGCCAGCGGGGUGAGUGACAGCUAGCUGCCCGGAAAGGACUACAGCCGAGACAGAGACACAAAGACAGCUGGGAUGGUGCAGCCGCAGCCCGACGGCCCCAUGCGGUGGGGCGAGGACAUGUCCGGAGACGAGAGUGGAUGGGCCCUCCGGGUCCCGCCGGAGCUGGCUUCCAACGAAGUGGUGACCAAACUGCUGGGGGACAACCAGCAGCUUCGAGAGGCUUUGCGGCGCAGUAAUCUGGCCCUGCGUCAGCGCUGCGAGGAGAUGGAGGGAUGGCAGCGGAGGACGCGAGAGGAGCGCGAGUUUCUCAGCUGUCGCUUCCAGGAGGCCAGGGCGCUAGUGGAGAGGCUGGCCCAGGAGAACCACUCUUUACAAGGCCUGGUGAACGGGCCGGCCUCCUCCUCCUCCACCUCCUCCAACCACUGCUGCAGCUCCAGCCAGACCGAAGACCCGCAGGCACGGCCGGCCAGGAACGGCCCGGUGGACAGGUCUAAGACCCUGGAUCAGUGGAAGAGUCCUGAAGGGGCAGAGCAGCACACACAAACCACUCCACCACGCAGCCUGGGCGAUUCCUUGCAGAGCUCCCUGAGCUUCAACAGUCCCUCCUUACCCAAGUCAUUUUCAGAGGGAACAAGAGAUGAAAUGGGCCGGGACGGCGGCCAGCCCGUCGAAGGUGCAAACGAGUUCCUGCAGCUGCUGAAGAGCCACAAGGAGAAGCUGGAGGAAGGGAUGAAGGAGCUGAGGAAGAAGAAUGAAGAACUGGAGAAAGAGAAGGAACAGGGCGAGAAGGAGCGGGAAAGAAUUCGGCAGUUCUGCAACAAACUGGUGCAGGCUCAGGCGAGUGGCGGUCCCGACGAGGCGGUCCUGCAUCGCUCGGAGGCGCAGCACUCCUCCGACUGCUCGAGUUUGGCUAAGCUCACCGAGCAGCUUCAGGCCACACAGGGCAGGUACCGAGAGCUGGAGGAGAAACUGGACCACCUGCAGAAGAGUUCCGCUCAGCGCGACCGAACUGAAGCUCUGCUCAAACAGAAAGACAAGGAGUGUGCUCAGCUGGCCAAGGACUGCGAGGCGCUGAAGGCCCAGGCCACCUCCCUGCUGCUGGAGCUGAAGGAGCGGCAGAGCUGCUUGGACAAAAGCGAGCACGAGCGCAAAAGCCUGGAGGAGGAGCGCUGCAAUAACCUGAAGGCCCUGCAGGUGGCCAAGCGGGAGCAGGAGCAGCAGAGGAAGCAGCAUCAGGUGGCCAUGGACAAACUGAUGCUGCAGACCCAGAGCCUGGAGCAGGCGCUGAAGACCGAGAGGCACGUGGUCACAGAGGAGAAAAAGAAACUGACGCAGCUGCAGCACGCUUACACAUGUCUGUUCAGAGACUACGACUCCAAGCUGAAGAGCGAGGGAGGAGAUCUGUCCAGUCGCCUGGAGGAUGCGGAGCGGGCGCUGGCUCUGAAGCAGGACCUGAUCGAUAAGCUGAAGGAGGAGGUGGAGCAGCAGAAGGGCUCGCUGGAGACCAUCCCCGUGCUCACCGCACAGGCUGAGAUCUACAAGGCAGAUUUCCUGGCUGAGCGAGAAGCUCGAGAGAAGCUGAACCAGAAGAAGGAGGAACUGCAGGACCAGCUGAACCAGGCUCUGUCCGACAUCGACAGGCUCAAACAGGAGGCCACGUCACGUGCCCGGAUGGAGCAGAUGAAGCUGAGACAUCUGGAGGAUUUCCCUCCACGGCCCUCGCACAUUUCCCACAACCAAGGCGCUGCCUUCAACACGGUGCCUGCUGCUCAGUCAUUCCGUAAUCAGGGUCUGGUUCCGGUCGGGGAUCAGGGACCGGACCUCUGCUGUCCCAAGUGCCAGUACCUGGCUCCAGACAUGGACACGCUGCAGAUCCACGUCAUGGACUGCAUACAGUAACACACACACACACACACACCUUGAUCUGAAAACAUGUACGUUAUGCUCUGUGCGAAGGCUGGAAACACGUCUGCUCGUAGCACCUUCUUCUUCUUCCUUCAUGCAAACUAAAGUGUAACGUGGAGCUCAGAACUUUUCGUGUUGGAAUCAAGAGAAGAUGGAAAAAAAAAAAAACUUGUAUAGAGGGAUGUAGCCGAGCUUCACCCAUUCACCGUCUCAUUCCACCUGCUCCUGGACCCUGAGGCCACCCCCCCCCCCCCCCCCCCUCCUCCUCCACUGCCACCUGAACGCCUUCACUGCAUCCAUCAUCCGACACAUCAACAAUAAACGGACCUAACGCUGGAUGUCUCCGACCCCUCUGACAACACGUCUCCUGUCCAUGUGAAUAUCUUAGUGAGCUUUAAGUACUCAAACUCAGUAUGUUUUGGUUGUGAAUGUAGAUGUCUGCAUUACCUCAAAACAUGGAUUAUUAUGAUGAUGAUGAUGAUGCUGUAUUAGAGAUGGGUUUACUGUUAUUGAAAAAAAAGUAGCCAUUCUCUGUGUUAUGUGCCUGUGUACAUGUUUGAUUUAGCUCCUGAGCGAUUAGCCUCACCUGGACUGUUCCUGUUCCUCCCCCUCCUCCUGUCAACCUGCUCCUCCUCCUCCUCUUCCUCCUGCCUCCUCCCUCCUCCUCCUUCCUGUAGCCUUCAGCUAUUUAUCUAUCUGAAUGUAAGCGCCCUGAGCGACCUGUGUAUCCAGUCUGUUAUUAAAGCCCAUUUGUUGCAAACGA